GUGAUGCAGGGAGCGUGCCCUCUCGAUCGUUUAAUCCGCUUUGACGCAAAAUGUCCCUGAACACAACACGGCCGGCCAACAUGGUGAUGCGUUUGAUUUGAAACUCAUCUUGUGUUUUGUUUUUGUAAUGAACCUGCUGUUUUGUGUCUCCUUGUAACGCGGAGCGACAUGGACCCGUCCCGGAGGAGCGAGAGUGACUGGCAGGGGCUGAUCAACGAGUUCGUGAUUUGUAAGAGGAAGCUGGAGAGCAAGAAAGAAGCUCUCCUGAUUCUGUCCAAGGAGCUGGACACCUGCCAGCAGGAGAGGGAUCAGUACCAGCUGAUGGCCAACCAGCUCCGCGAGCGGCACCAAGGACUCAAGAAGAAGUACAGAGAGCUCAUUGAUGGAGAUCUCUCCCUGCCUCCUGAGAAAAGAAAUCAAGUGAAUUUAGCCCAGCUGCUGACAGACUCCAGAGAAAAAGGUCAUCAACUUUCUGAGGAGGUGAAGGAGCUGAAGCAACGACUAGCGGAAGCUCAGGGUGAUAACAAGCUCCUACGAAUGACCAUCACCAAACAGAGGCUGGGAGACGAGGAGGUUGGCGCUCGACACUUUCCUGCACACGAGCGAGAGGAUCUGGUCCAAGAGUUAGAAAGAGCCAGGGAACAGAACGAGGUGCUGGAGCACAGUGUGAAGUCGCUCACAGACGAGCUCCAGGACGUCCGAGCGGAGCGAGACGUGUUCCAGCAGAAGGCCCAUCGCCUCAACGUGGAAAUGAACCACAUCGUGGGAAACGAUGAGAUUCGGUUUCUGGACAUAGAUGCACUCUGCAUGGAGAACAGGUAUUUGCAUGAACGCCUCAAUCAACUUCAGAAGGAGGUCAACUUGCUCAAAACAAAUCUAAUGAAGUACAAGAGUGCCCUGGAGUGCAGGAAAAACUCUGCCAUCAGCGGCAAAGCCAACAGCAGUGCCCUCACGGGGGUGCUCUCGGCAAAACAAGUGAAGGAAUUGCUGCUUUCUGAAGAAAACAGCUGCAGUUUGCCGGUGACGCCUCAGUCCAUCUCAGACCUCAAGUCUCUCGCCACAGCUCUGCUGGAGACGAUCCACGAGAAGAACAUGGUGAUUCAGCACCAGCGGCAAAUCAAUAAGAUUCUUGGAAAUCGAGUAGCAGAGCUGGAGAAGAAAUUGAAAACACUAGAGAUGUCAGGAUUGUGGAGUUUGCCAGGCCUGACUUAUAAUGUGUCUCUGGGGAUUUAUGGAGGAAAAGACACCAUCAUCCUGAGCUCCCAGCAGCCUGAGUCUCUCGAGCCUCCUGGACAGGAACCUGACACAGGGUGUGAAAAUGUACCUGCCGAGCAGCAGAGCUCCCCGGAAGUUCAAAACCAAGACGAUGAAAAACCAGUAGCAUCAGAUUUCCAGGAAGAGGCAUCGCCGCCACCAUCCGGCGAGGAGACGUCCCAACAGAACCCGCCACACGAGUCGGCCGAUGAAGAGCCGGCCAGCACUCAGACAGAAACACAAGACAAUCACACACCGAUCGCGGUGGAUUUAGCUGCUCUGACACAGGAAGAUGAAUUUCUGAUCGAUUCCCCUCCCACCGUGACGGAUGUGAACACACCCCGUCCGUCAGACCCUCACCACGUCCAGCUAACUUUACACGACUCCGUCCCGACAGACGGAGGAGGGGGUGAGUCAGACGAACGCCCCGAGGAGGUUGAAACUGUCGAAACCGAGUGUAUUAUUACUCGGGAAAACACUCACGCUGCCGUGUCCGUCACUGUCGCCACUGCCACUGCCGAAGAGGAGCAGGACGUCGUCGAGCCAAAGCAGCAGACGGAGCUUUCAGAUGAGACCAAUGUUCGGGUCGGUCAGGAAAUCUGACGUCUUCCAGGAGCCGCUCACAGGUCGCAGAGCCACAGGAGAAAACUUUAGACUGAUAAUAUAAUGAUGCUUUCUUUUAUUUUUAUGAAUAACGUGGGGGGGGGGGAUCAGGAAAGUUACCAUGUAGCUGCUAUAGGGUGAACAAACCACGUGUUAUUGUGCUGUUAGUGGCCACUGCAUGAAAUGUCAUGGCAGUCUACUAUCCUGAUAACAUUCCUCUGUUGGUUUUGUGUCCAUGUGUAAAAAGCCGUGUACUGUGUCCAAAUAGUUAUUACGACACUUAUUUAAGAGUCUGCCAGAGUCCUAGCAAUUAAUCAAUACUGGAAAAAUCCUUGAUACAGAUUAUUUGACAAUGUGCUGUUUUACCGCAUUAAUUUUACCACAUGACCGAAGGUGUGUGAGCACUUAGACUUUAUGACCAAAUGGGAUUGUUGAACAUCUCAUGCCAAGAUUGUGGGUAUUAAUAUGCUGCUGUAACAGCCUGAACUCCUCUGGUAGAGACUUCCACAAGAACCCGGCUAAAGAGAUUUGCUCCCGUUCAGCCUGAGAAUUACUGAGGUUGGGCAAUAAUAAUGUGUGAUUCCCAGUUUGAGCCCCAAUUCGGUUGUUGGUUUGAGGUCAGAACUAAAGCCAGUCAAGUUCUUCCACACCAAACGUAUAAAACCAUUUCUUUUUUGGAUUUGGCUUUGUCCCGUUGAAACAGGAAGAAAGAUGUUUUUCCAAAGUGUUGCCACAAAGAUGGAAGCUGUUCAAACUGUAUCAGAGGUGUAGAGUGGAGGGUCGGUGAAGGAGCACUGUGGCUGUAACGCUGUCGGCAUGAGGAUUCAGAUUCGUCUGCAUUUGAUCGUUAAAAUUUCCGUCUGACUGUCGAUCAGGCAGCUCCUGCUCACAACCAGAGGCUAAAUUUAAAAUUCACAGUGAAGGAGAAUGUAAUUUGCGCUGGUUGUCUGCUGUUGACUCUCCAGGUAGACAUUAGUUCAAGUUUUGUUUCACGUGGAAACUAAGUCCAAAAUGAAGAGGGACAGAGUGAGUUCGGUUGAUCAUCAACAGAAAGAGUUGCCGAGUCGCUUGGAAAUGAAACGUUUAUCUUUUCCAAUUUGGUCCACCAUGUAUUAUUGAUCACUAUAUCAACAUCCAACUGUUGUGAACAAAAUUCAAGCCAAGUUAAAUUUUUCUUCAAGUACAACACAAACAUUUCAAGAUGGUCUUACAUUUUCUUAUUCUUAUUAUUUGUAUAUUGUGGGACACUUUUUCCUCCAGACUCAAGAAGCUGCAGUGACUUACCGUCUUUACAGAGAUUGUUUGUUUUAAACCAUGAAAGCACAAUGUCACCCUUUACAUAAAAUGAUGCAUGACAAUAUACUGUUGACUGAUUAAAGGUAACUGCAUUUCCUGUUUUUUAACCAAAUACAAUAUUUGAGUACAAAUAUUUGACCGUUUAAAAAGAUUUUUUCUAAACCGUCAAAAGGUUUUAAAAUAAGGAAAUGCAGUUAUCACAUUUAGACUUUUUUCUCAGCUUACACUGAACAAAACAGACCUUAGUCACUAAUAUAUUCACAGCUCUUAAGUGUGUUACACUCUGGAGCUACAUCUAGAUUACCAGCAAUGUCUCCAUGACUGUGUUUUUGUGGUGAAAGAAAAAUCAUCAACUCCGCAGAUAGAAAUAUAGAAAUUACAUAGAGCCAUGUGAGUAUUCUGUAUGUGUUGAGUAUGUGUGUAUAAGAAGGAUUUAUUUAUGCAAAAUAAAUCAUUUUUGGAGGAA